CACCUCGUUCCCUCCCGAUCUAUACCAUCCACUAGGAUCCCAAGGCUUUUUUCUUUUGCUCUCAGAAAACCACUUUACGCGUGGACACGUGAGGUGGUGUCCUAGAGCUACGCGUUCUCCUUUAAGGUUUUUUUUUUUUGGGGGGGGGUUUUUUCGCCCUUCCCACUUUUCCCACACCUCCCCCCCUGCAGGCUCCCUCAUCCGUCAUCUGCCCGGCCUCGGCUGCAUCCUCUUAGGCUGCUCCCCUUCUCCUUGCCCCGCUGCUUCCUCUUUCUCUCACACACUCCAACAUACACCUGUUCCUCUUGGAAUAUCCUCUCAUUACAUUCCAGCGAACAAGAGCUAGGCGGAGUGAAGGAAAGAGCGAAGGAAGGAAGAAUUAAGGGAGAGAAAAAAAGCAAGAGAGCAGCAGCACCAAGGGUCACACCCUCGCCAAUAAAGACGUCGCAAUUUGAUCUUUCUCUUUUCGUCCAGUCUUUCAGUGACCUGUCUAUCUAUUGGGCAAGAGAACGCACAAUCCAUUCGCACGCUUCGCCCAAGCUUCCCAGGCAGCUAUCUACCUCGACGGUCAAAGAACCCCACUCCACCAACCCACUUUCCAUCAAGAUCUUGACGUAGGGCUGGCCAUUGCGUGGGGCUCUUCACCAGCAGUUCUCACCGGGUCUCCUGCCGUCCACGGAUAUUCCAAUUUAGACUCAAUUCCCGCCCUGAUUGAACGGGGUCUGCGCACAAUUGUCGGGUUAGAACCGCCUUGGAGUUUGGAGGGAUAAAAUAUAUCCACGGGGUGAGAUUCAAUCAUUAUCCCGGCCUAUUUUUUAGAGCCACCUUGCCCUCCAUCACUCUUACCUAUUGGCUCAUCACCCACACCACCCUUCUUUACUCCCCUCUUGUCACCACUAUAAAUACCCCUCAUCCCCCCCGCCCCCGCUGUUUACUCGGUCUUGGAUUCCAAUCGCGUCGUGUUUUGAUUCAGGAAAUGUCAGCGAUGGACGAAGAAGCUACUCAGCCCGCUACCCAACCACUCCCUGUCCACAAUGGAGUCGCGCCCUCGACCGUUCACGGCAACUACCUCGCGGGCGUCCUUUGCCUCCUUCAUCCGAGCUCGCCCGCCGCCUACUCCAUUGUCGAAAAGACAGCUAAGGUAGACCCAGGUGUCGUCCUACGAAUCCCGGCUGCCCAGCAAGGCGAACCUGAGGUCUCAGGGCUAGAUAUCGCUCUUCGACUCUCCCCGGGCCCUAAGGAUCCUGAACUCGGCUUUGUUUUUGGGAGAAAUCCGGCUCGUUGUGACGUUGUUUUUACGGAAUCCAACAAAAGUCGACGGAUCUCUAAUCUACACUUUCGGAUAUAUCAGAAUGCCCAAGGUGUGCUGAUGUUGCAUGACUCUUCGACUAAUGGGACUUGGGUCGAUAAUGUCAAACUCGGCGGCGUGGGAGCGGAUGGCGGAAAGAGCACAGACAACCAGCGUGCUCUAUUUGCAGGAAGUGUGAUUCACCUUGCUCCUGGCGCAAAGCUCUUGAGGUUCAUAGUUCGGAUUCCGACCCAAGAUGGAAUACCGCCUCCUUUUCCACCUCCUAAACUUCCUCUAAAACAUACCCGGUCACCUGCUCGCCAUCUCGCUGCAGAAUUGCGAGAUCCCUUUAAAGUUCAGGGAAAGGGCCGUCAUAUGGCGAAGGCUGUGAAGUAUAACGAUGGAUGGGAUGGUGGGGAAAGGUAUAAGUUCGAGGGCAUUAUCGGGAAGGGUGCCUUUGCCACUGUCAGGAGAGCCAUCGACAGACGAACAGGUGAUGCUUAUGCUGUAAAAUCGAUCCAGAAGCGAGCAUUUGCCCAGAGCAGUGAUAGACAACUUGGUGUGCGAAAGGAAGUUGAGAUUCUCGAAAAGCUAAAUCAUCCCAAUAUUGUUUCGUAUAUCGAUUGCCAUGAGGAUCGCUCCCACAUUUACAUCUUCAUGGAGCUCAUAAAAGGGGGCGACUUGAGUGAAUAUCUUGGGAAACACGGAGCACUCCCUGAGCCUAUGGUUCAGGAGGUUUCACGCCAGGUCUUGCGUGGAAUCGAGUACGUCCAUAGCAUGGGGAUCUCCCAUCGUGAUCUUAAACCAGACAACAUCCUUCUUGCCUGCGAUGACCCUAUCCAGGUCAAGAUAUCGGAUUUCGGACUUGCCAAAAUGGUCCAAAACGAAGACACAUUCCUCAAGACGUUCUGUGGUACAAUGUUGUUUCUUGCCCCUGAAGUUUUCCCAGGCUAUGCAAACGGCCGGGGAGCCAAGCAGAGAAGGAGAUAUAACCAGGCCGUCGAUAUGUGGAGUUUCGGUUGCGUAAUCUUCAUGUUGCUUACGGGGAGUGCUCCAUUCCAAGGCAAGAACCAAGACGACAUGUUAAAGAUUAUUCUUUCUGGCAAAUUCGAUGUGGCCCCUCUCGAGAAGCGUCUGGGGGCCCGCUCCCACCAAGCAAAGGAUUUUAUCAGGCGACUUUUACAAGUUAACCCAGGAAUGAGGAUAAUGGAGACUGAAGCGUUGAGGCACCCUUGGCUCGCGGACGGGAGCGAGGAACAGUCGAGUAUGGAAGUCCAAGAAGAGGAUGAGGAUGAAGGGCUGGACGAAGAAGAUGAUGAGGAAGCCAACGCCAUCAGCAGCUUCGAAAAGGUUGAGAAGCAGCAGGAGAAGUGGAUGAUGGUCCAAGGACCCGAUGCUAGACCCAAGUUCACAGCGAGCCCCCGCAGGCUUGAACAAGAGGAGCUUAGUGAUAAUGACGAGGAAGACAGCGAUGACGAGGAGAUCGAGACACCCAAGCGCGAAGAGCUUCAGGACGUCCAGCUUCGCAAGGCUGUCACCGGCCUAAGUUUCAAGGGUGAAAUACACAUUCCUGCUGUCAGGUUCGAUAGCGGGAGCUCCGAGGGAUCCUUCGCAUCACUUGGAGACGCAGAGUCCAAUCGUGGGUCACGCAGGAUGUUUCACCCCCCUCCCGGUAUCUCUAUUCAAGGGAGCUCUGGUGUCUUUCCAGACCAUGGAUACUCCGCGUUCUCUGACGGCAAUGAUAGCUUGGAAAAUGGCCGACAGGUAGAAGAGGACUUUGUCCCAUCCUCCCAGACGCACGAACCAUUUGAAUAUGAUGAACUCCGCGUCAUUAAGCCACGCGAAGGUACUCGUUCUGGUUCCAUUAGUCGAAGCGUUAGCGGCGGUUCUCUUAGUGGUGCUGAAGCAAUGGUCGGGAAACUCAAAGUCCAUUCACCCUCCCCGAAGGAUACCCCUUCCCCCACCGACGGGGAAUUCCAGCAUCAAAACCAAAUGACACCGCUAGCAGUCAACAGGAACAUGAAUGGCGAUAGUAAUAAUAGGGACAAUAGUCCUACCCCGACUGCUGCCCGCCAAAUUACCCCGACUCCACAUCAACGCUCCCGCCGCACAAGCCCGCAACCCGACUCGUUCGAAUCCCAGGCGGCAGUAGAAUUCUACACUCCUGUGUCACUCUUCAGUUCCAAUAUCCCACCACCCCCCACCACCCCCUUGGCCAUACCCGCAGAUGAGAACCUACCCCCCACCCAGCCCACAAACUUUGAUCACCAUCACAACCGUCAAUUCGCCGUCCCAACAACCCCCUGGGGCCGCCUGGUCCCCAUGCCCGGCUCAAUCCCUCACUCAACCAUCUCCUUGAACAGACACCAGAUCAGCAUCGGCCGCUCCGCGAGCUGCACCCACACGGAAACAGACAUACGCAUAUCAAAAUACCACAUUGCCUUCCAGCUUUCGCCCCCGGACUACGACGUGGACGAGGGCAGCUUCCAGCCAGCGAAUAACAUGAUCGCCUGGUACUACGUGAGGGGCACCAACGGCAUCAUCUUGAACGGGAAGAAGAAGCAUAAGGGCCGAAUCGGAAGGAUCUACGAUGGCGACGUUGUCUACCUAUUCAAGGACUGCAAACCUGGCGACGUGGUCGAGUUCCUGGGAUUCAGGUGCGAGUUUGGCAUCGGACAGCACGUCCGGCUUGUCGAAGAACAAAGCGAUUAUGAAGAGGAGGUGUUUGCAAAUGCCUAUGGGACCGCGACGGGGAGUAUGGCUACUACUAUGGCGGUUGGAACGUCGAAGGGGACGAAUGGGUCGAUUGAUGGCGUGGCUUGA